AUGGCGCUACCAAGUGUCCAAGCUUACCUGUAUGGCGUUGAUGGGCGAGUGUCCGAAUCUCUCCUCGGCGCCUUAUUGCUGAGCCUGGUAUGCUCCGUACUGGCAAAGUAUCUCCUACAAGGGGUGUCACUCGGUGCAAUCUGGACCAAGGAAAGCCACAGAGAGAAGGUCCGACAAGAUACGUCGCCGGGGAAUGCUCCCAGAUACGACAACAUAUUCGAGACCAUGGGCGAUAUACAGCCCUUGACCAAUCUGGAUUGGGAAUCGCAAGAACCCGAGAGGAUAUACAGAUUUGCAGACAAAUACAACCUCACUAUGGGUCUGAGGAAGACAACGGUUAACACAAUCACCCACAUGGACGAGCAAUACAUCAGUCGUAUAAAUGAGCGGAAGAAGAUCCUAGAGCAGUACCCGGGAGCACUCGGCUGUGUCGGCGCAGGCCCCGACAUGGUUCGCGAACUCUACACCUACCUCGUGACAUGGUACCUCCCCAAGAGGUACCCGACCAUGUUCAGGGUGGACGAGCCGUCGUCAUACCUGCGCAACCUGGUCCUCGAGGAAGACAUACCCCUGUUCCCGCCCGAGGACCCGAUCUCCAUGCUGCGCACCAUCGCCCUAAGCGUGGACGAGGACUUCCUCAUGCUCCUCCCCUCGCCCGACGGCGACGGAUACUCCCUGCAAGCCUUCGUGUGGCUGUACCCGGUGGGCUUUGAUCCGGCCGACAAGCUGGGGAUGAAGUUGCGCGACGUCCACGGCCCGGUCCCCAGCUACAAGAAGCACCUGGAGAUGUCAAUGGACAAGUAUUUCGCACGUCUCACUCCCGGCCGCGUCGUUGAGCGCGUCAACUGGGCCGUUGCCACCAACUCCUCCCUGUGCGAGCGAGGUGAGUACCACUUGUACUCGGAUGACCAGGUAAGCAGCCAAUCCGACGUGGAUCUGGAUGACACGUGGGUGAGAUGCGAGCUGCAGACGCUGUUUGCGCUGCCGGGGAGCGGAGGCAGGAUCCUUAGUGUACAUCUUUACUUGUAUCCCAUUCAGGAGAUUAAAGACGUCGGCCUUGCAGAAGAAAUGUGCCGCGCUAUCGAUGGAUAUGGAAGGGGGAACGCGGCUGAGUUUUCGAGAUAUAAGAGGGUGCCUGUUUGGGGAGAGAAGGUCAAGGAGUUUCUGCGUAGUUAA